AUGGCGGACCCGUCCUUUGUCAAGCCCGAACCGGAGGAGGAGACGCCUGCCAUGCCCAUGGAGGAGGACGACCCGGACGAGGACGCCGGCGACCUCGAGUUCUACGACAAGGGCGGGGCUGGCCACCAGUUCGAGACGCUCUAUCUCGCGCGCAUCCCGCGGUACAUGUGGGACGCAUGGCUCAAGUUGGUCGAGGGGCUCGGAGACGACGACGAGAUCCAGCUCGGCACCCUGCGCACCUGGAACGAGCCGACGCCGGACGCCUCGGUCGAGGGCGGCAUGCGCGACGUGACCAAGCUGCGGAUGCUUCUUGAUCCCAGCCGUCCCGAGCACCAGCUCAUACCCCGCGAGUACGACCUCGACAUCUUCGACCGCGACGUGCACAAUCACUUCAUCUUCAGCGAGGAGGACCUGCCGAGCUACAAGGAGAAGAACAGGGCCCGCAACGAAGCCAUGAGCUCGGGAAUCCCCGCCCAUCUGCUGAGGCAGAGGGCGCAGGGCAACGGCCAGGGGACCGGCCCGCAGAGGCACACCUACGACAGGAAGAAUCGGUACCAGCCCUACUAUCGCAAGGCCAUUCCAAAAAAGACCAAGAUAUUCGGCAAGAUCCACUACGACGUCCGCGUCGAGCCCCGAAGCCACCAGGAAGAGGAGAAACUGCUGGCCAAGCGGCUGUACGAGGCCGAAAACUCCAAGUCGAAGCUCAAGAUCAUUAGCCGCAACAACGCGUCGGCCAUCAUGAACCCCGGCUCUGCCGCUGCGUCCCAGUGGGGCGGCAACUUUAUCAAAAACGCUGCCCAGCAAACCAAGCCCAAGAAGGGCGAGAUCUUCAAGGCGACCCGUAUUCCCAAGAACCAGCUUCUCGAUCUCAUCUUCGACUGCUUCCGCCAGUAUCAGUAUUGGUCCAUGAAGGCUCUCCGCCAGAGGCUGCAGCAGCCCGACUCGUACCUGCGCCAGGUGCUGGAAGAAGUUGCGGUGCUGCACAAGAGCGGCCGCUUCGCCAACCAUUACGGGCUGAGCGACGCGUACAAGGACAAGGCCGGGAGCGACGCCAAGGAGGAGGCGGCAGAGGCGGCGGAAGACGGAGACGAGGACGAGGACGAGGAACUGGAGGACGUUUUGCCCGCGCAUUGA